UUGUCCAUCUUCUCCUGAAGCCAAUGGAGCAUCACGCAAGAAGACGAGGAACGCCCAUACACGGACGAGGAACAGAAAUGGAGUAGAUGGACUUGUUAUUUUAUACCGCAGCUGUUGUUACGCUAAAUUGCGUGCUAAGCUAGCAAUCAAUGAAGUAUAGUAUGCUUUGUAAUUCGAUGCAAAACAUUUUUAUUAGUGUCUAAGUCAAAACUAAUUUGACAAGUAACACAUCUUUAUUUGAUUGUAGCAUAUUCUAUUCAAAUUUGUGAACAACCAGUGAUUUCUUAGCUACGACAAAACACUGGCUAUAAUAGUAGCUAGCUAACGUUAGCGAGUUGCUAGCUGGAGAGACAAGCUUGGCUAGUUAGCUAGCUGGUGGUCAAUUGCUAGUUUAUUAAAUACUUGGAAAUGACUUGGAAUUUAUGUACAUAUUCGAUGUACUUUGUGUAAUCUUGAAUAUUUGAGAAAGCCACGGCUAAAUAUCACAUUUCAUAGUUAGCUAAGCAGGUUCGUGUUGUUGCUAGCAGAUUUUCCACGCGCAUCAGCUAACGUUAGCGAGCAACUUUUUUUUUUGCCUGUCGUCUUUCUGCGGUGAAAAGCCACCAUGGAUAAGGCAGAUUUUUUAAAAGGACUACCUGUCUUCAACAAAAGCAAUUUCAGCAGAUUUCACGCAGACUCUGUCUGCAAAACUUCAAACCGGAGGCCCUCUGUGUAUCUUCCAAUUCGGGAGUAUCCAUCAGAACAGAUCAUUGUCACAGAGAAGACAAAUAUUCUUUUGAGAUACCUUCACCAACAGUGGGACAAAAAGAAUGCAGCCAAAAAGCGGGAGCAGGAGCACAGUGAGGGGGAGAACACUGCACCUCCGCGGAAAAUUGCCAGAACGGACAGUCAGGAGUUGAAUGAGGACUCGUAGAGUGCUGUGUCAUCAACAUGCAACACACACACAAUUAUGGAUAGAGAAGCACACAAGCAAAGUGCAUUUGACAGACAGGACAGACCACUGCCUACAUUGUUCAACAUGAACUUGGGACGCUGACAGUUUUCUCUUUGUAUUUUGUUUCCUUUUGUAUUUUUCUUUUCUUUCCCUUAACUUCGAUUGGCACAUAGCUGAAAAGUUCUGCCUUGAUAACAAAAGGCACAAUAACAUUAUCUCCUCCCCCUCAAAUUCAUUGUUGCUUGACCAUGUUUCUACAUUUCUAUUGCUAUGUUUGCUUUCAUUAAUUUACUUCUACUUCAUCUGUACUUUGACCUGUUUUCAUGUCCAUUUAAUCAAUUAAAUUGCGUGCCAUUUAUAUCCUUCUGGGCUUGGAGUGAAUAGAAUAUGGUCUAUAUCUAUAUUGCCUCAGUUUAAGUUUGAUUAUACCGUUACACUGAAAGAUGCAUGAAAGAUCCCCAACAAUUAUUACGGUGACUGGAAAAUGACGACAGUGUUUAGACUUUAGAUUGAAUUAGUCUCAGGUUGUUAUGGGGAAUGUUGUCUCAAAAGGCUGUAUUCGUGAAGGUGUUGAUGUCUCCUGGUUUGAGUGAUUAAUUGCCUUAAUGGAAAUGUGUUUCUUGGUCAUUUAAGGAACCUCCCUCUGUUUACAUUGUGAUGUCAUUGGAGGAAAUACACACUGUUAAUGAGAGUGGAUAUGGAGAAUGCUUCCACGGGGUCAUAUUGGGGCUCAUUUAAAGGCAUACCAAAUGCAAACCUUUAGAGCUCGCCAGCUUGUACUCCUAAAAAACUGAGCCUCAAAAGUGUUAUAUUCCUUAUGGGAGAAAGAAUGGGGUUUUGGGAUAAAUGGUUUAGGACAUCGUAACUGUUUUGUUCGAUGAGAUAAUGAGUAAGUUAACAUGACUUUUUUUGAAUUAGGAAGCAUUUAUGUCCUUGUUUUAAUUACAUAAAUGGUUAAAAAUUCACAAAGUGACGUUAGCUAAUGUUAAUUCAUAGAAAACGUAUAUGAUUUAAGCCUGUGUUUACCACACACCUUAUUUUUCGGCAUUUAUCCAAAACCCCUCCCAAAACCAUAUUCAUUUCCCCAUAGGCUUUGGCCAACGAGCCAUGACUGAGUUAGUGCCUACAAAAAGACGCCAUCACUAUUGCUCUCUAUACAGUAUAAAAACAGACCAAUUUUGUAGCAACGCAUAACAAAUGAUGCUCAAUGUGUUUGUCAAAACUUUGUUUGCCACUAGACUCUAGCAGCUAGAUUGCCAUCACAUCUAGAAUUAUCUUGAAACAUAAGUGUUUGUGGAUAUAACACUUAUCACUGUUAACAUGGUAUGGCUCCACAAGUAAACGUAUAGCUAGCUGCCAAGACUAAUCUUGGCUCAGGUACUUUGAUGGCUCCACAAGUAAAACCAUAAGCUGCUAAAUUGCAACUUGGCAUAAUCGAUCUGUGUGAACCUAUAGUAUAUGUCUUGCUUUAGUCAAUAUGUGGGAUACAUGUGCAAUUCAGGUGUAUAGAACCUUGUCUCAAAGUUGUCUGCCGUGUAAGGCAUGCUGUUAAACUGUUAAUGUGGGGCAUAGUUGUGUUUGUAACAUUAUCGACAGCUGUAAAUACACAAGCGGAGAGUAUUGUUCCUGAUCCGCUCUCUCUAUCCUUCUGCUGCUACUUACAAAGAUCUGGUAUUGUCUAAUGAGUCGUUAAUCCUGUCCAAAACUAUGGGUUAUAAAGUUUGUGUGUAUAUGGUUUGCUUCUUCAGACCAUUAUCAAGUAAUAGUUCAAGGACUUGCAGGGUCCAGAACCUUUAGAUCAUUCGAUCCUUGUAUCUUACCUGUUUGAAUGCAUGCACAGUUUAAACUCUGCAGGCCAUAUGUUUAAGGUGGUGUCAGCUCAUCUUGUUUGAGUUGAUCUUGAGGCUGGCUGACGAUCAGCGACCAUUAUGUUCCUUGGUGAAGCUAGCUGUCUACAUGUGUUAAUGUUGAGAGUUCUUUCCAAAGGUAGACACGUGUUUUGAAGAUGAUGCACUCCCUCCCUCAUUCAGUUCUCAACCGUAAACUGUGUGAUGACCUGUAUAGACAUUGUGUGCUGUGAUUUAAUCUGUGUGAAUGUGGGGCCAUGCCAUAUAAAAGCACUUGUCUUGGGACCUUACUCCUGUUGAUUUCAAUGAAAACGCUUUAAAUAUUUGCCCAUGAAAUUUUGAGGUCAUUUUUUGACCAUUGACUUUUCCAAUGGGCAAAAGUUUGAUUGUUUCUCUUUAAAACCAACAGCUGCAAGCUAAAAAACAAAACAUUUUUUUUGUUGAUUCCAUAUGGCAAUGACCCUCUGCAAAGAUGUGCUCUCAAGAGUACUUUAUGUUUCAAUACUUUGGAUCGUUGGUCUCAAUAAAGUGAUCUGGGAAGUG